GAAAUGUUUGUCGUUGAUAUCUGAUUGACAGUCUAGGAAUGUAUGUUGAGAAACGAAAGCAAGCAGUAAUAUGGAAAGGAAAAACGAAAGGUUAUCUUAAUGUCUGCCAUUGUAGGCAUACUUACUAAUCGUCAUUGAUAAAAGAAUGUUGGUGAAAGAGCUCACGGGAGUCUCACUGCUCCUUUGACGCGCCCGUCCAGGUUUCCAGACAAUCGAAUUUGGGAUUGUUGUUUUCGUGCUGGUGGUUCUCCUAAAGAAAGAAACAUGGCUUCUCAUCUUUUUUAACAGGAGAGGAAGACCCACUGAACUAGAAUAUGAUGUGAACACACAGAGAAUCGUUAGCAUUGAUCUAGUGUGACGAGGGAUCUUCUGGACGACUGCACCAUGGCCCACUUCGACACGGAGUACCAGCGUCUGGAGACGUCAUAUAACGACUCCCCUCCCGGCGAGGAGAAUCUGCUUGUCCACGUUCCGGAGGGUACGAAACCACAAUGGCAUCAUAUAGAGAACCUGGACCUGUUCUUCCAGAGAAUCUACAAUAUGCACCAAAAGAAUGGAUUCACAUGUAUGCUGAUGGGAGAAAUAUUUGAGCUUGUGCAACUGGUGUUUGUUGUGGCAUUCACUGUGUUCUUAGCCAACUGUGUGGACUAUGACAUCCUGUUUGCGAACAAGUUUGUGAACCACACAGAUUCAGCAAAGGUCACGCUACCUGAUGCCUUUUUACCAGUAGAUGUGUGCAGUGCUCGAAUCCGUGACAAUGUGGCCGCCAUCUUCAUCCUGGUAAUUUCUGGAGUAUUCUGGAUCCACCGGCUCACCAAAUUUAUUUACAACAUCUGUUGCUAUUGGGAGAUCCGCUCCUUCUACAACAAUGCCCUCAAGAUGUCCAUGGCGGACCUCCCUUACUUUACCUGGCAGGAGGUGCAGGCGCGCAUCGUGGAGAUCCAGAAGGAGCACCAGAUCUGCAUCCACAAGAAGGAGCUGACCGAGCUGGACAUCUACCACCGCAUCCUGCGCUUCAAGAACUACAUGGUGGCGAUGGUCAACAAGUCACUGCUGCCCGUGCGCUUCCACCUGCCCAUGCUGGGCAAUUGGGUGUUCUACACGCGCGGCCUCAAGUACAACUUUGAGCUCAUCUUCUUCUGGGGCCCCGGCUCGCUCUUCGAAAACGAGUGGAGCCUGAAGACGGAGUAUAAGCGCGGCGGGAACCGCUUGGAGCUGGCCGACCGGCUGAGCUCGCGCAUCCUCUGGAUCGGCAUCGCCAACCUGCUGUUGUGUCCGGUCAUCCUGGUGUGGCAGAUCCUCUACGCCUUUUUUAGCUACACGGAGGUGAUCAAGCGCGAGCCGGGCAGCCUAGGCGCGCGCUGCUGGUCGCUGUACGGCCGCUGCUACCUGCGCCACUUCAACGAGCUGGACCACGAGCUAAUGUCGCGCCUCUGUAAAGGCUACAAGGCCUCGUCCAAGUACAUGAACUGCUUCAUGUCGCCACUAUUCACGGUGGUGGCCAAGAACGUGGCGUUCUUCGCGGGCUCUCUGCUGGCCGUGCUUAUCGCGCUCACCAUCUAUGACGAGGACGUACUCGCCGUCGAGCACGUGCUCAGCAGCAUCACCCUGCUGGGCGUCUGCGUCACCGUCUGCAGGUCUUUCAUUCCAGACAAGCACAUGGUGUUCUGCCCAGAGCAACUGCUGAAGGUGAUUCUUGCCCACAUCCACUACAUGCCAGACCACUGGCAGGGCAAUGCCCACCGCUACGAGACCCGUGACGAGUUCUCCCAGCUAUUCCAGUACAAGGCGGUGUUCAUCCUGGAGGAGCUGCUGAGUCCAGUCAUCACUCCGUUCAUCCUCAUCUUUUGCCUGCGCCGCAAGUCCCUGGAGAUCAUCGACUUCUUCCGAAACUUCACCGUGGAGGUGGUGGGAGUCGGAGACACCUGCUCUUUCGCCCAGAUGGACGUGCGCCAACACGGGCAUCCUGCGUGGAUGUCAGCGGGCAAGACGGAGGCGUCCAUCUACCAGCAGGCGGAGGACGGGAAGACUGAGCUGUCGCUCAUGCACUUCGCCAUCACCAACCCACACUGGCAGCCCCCGCGCGAGAGCACCCACUUCAUCAGCCAGCUCAAGGAGAAGGUGCACCGUGAAGCCACCGUCAGCCACCAGGGGGCAGUAGGCGACAGCCAUGCCUUCACCUCCAUCCACUCGCUCCAGUCAGAGGAGCCCCGCAGUCUCAUCGCUAACCUGCUGUCAGGGCCGCCUCCUCUCGCCUCCCUGCACCUGGGCCGAGAUGGCUCAUUGGCCAAUCACGUGUCGGUCGGCCUUAGCGACAGGGGAGCACCGACACUGUGCUCGCUCUCGCCACUCAGCGGGAGCCUCCACAUGCGAGGCAGCUACCCGUCGUCCCGCCUGCCCCGCCCUGACCACCCCGCCGUGUCCACCAGCCGCGCUAUGGCCGGAUCAGGUACUGAUGCUCGCACAGUCAGCUCUGGAAGCAGCGCUUGGGAGGGUCAGGUGACCAGUAUGGUCCUAUCAGAGUACGCCUCCACGGAGAUGAGCAUCCAUGCCCUCUAUAUGCAUGAGCUCCACAAGCAGCAGUCUCGCGGUGAGCUCUCUCGCCACACGUGGCACCGACAGGAAAGCGACGAGAGCAGCGAGAGUGUUAUCGACGAUGUCGAGGCCCCGCGCAACAUGCCACGCUCCAACACCUUCCCCUGCACUGCCACUCCACACCAGGAGGGGGCAGCACUGCAGAGCAGUGGUCAGAGGCGCUACGGGGGAACCACAGAUGCGUUGAGCGGAGCUAGCAGGAGCCAGCGGUCAGCUCGCGUGGCCAUGGGAGGCUGGGUAGAGGAGAUCCAGCCAGGUCGGCACCACGAACCAGUACCCGAGGAGGGUUCUGAGGAUGAACUACCACCACAGAUCCACAAGGUGACAUAACCUGUGGGCCAUCAUUGGUAUCUGAAGACAUAAAAGGGAACUACACUGACACCAGAUUCACACUGACUUGGAUUUCUAUUUCUCAGAAGGAUGAAAUAUUUAUCUCACAAUUAUCGUGCAUAUUUAUCACUAGCCACGCUGUGCCAUCUCUGCUCACAUUACAAUUGACAUGGGUGAGAAGAUGGCUGACAUUAGCAAAGCUGAGAGGAGAAACUAGUAGACCUGCACACAGCCUUCUCCAUUUCAUACACAAGCCACUGAAUCUUCAUCUAGAAACUGAACUGGACUUCACAUAUGAACAACUGACAGGAAUAUGCAUCACACUGUAGCAGGAAAGUGUUGGUGUCAUUUCUAUGCUAUCCAAGAUGAAACAUUUGAAAAGAACUUGAAAUCUUCAUCAGCAUCUCAGCUGAGAACAGUAUGAUCAUAAAUACUCAAGGCCCUGCUAACUAGACAACACAAUUACUCUCAACAUAAAGCUAUUUUCAGUUGAGCCCCUGCUUUGUUAACUGCUUUCAGUUGAUACUUAUGCUGGCAUAAAGAUUGGCAGAAAUUCCUUACCCUGAAGUUAUUCUAACAUUUUGAAAUUUAUAGCAUUUGAAAUCCCCUACCAUUAAAGGACAUUGGCAGAAAUCUAUCAGUGAAGGAAAUAGUGUUUUGCACUAUAGAUUUGGGAACAGGGAUAGAUUUAAGAUAAUUGAUUUACAUGCAUCUUUACAUUAUAAACAUAAGGAAUGCAAAGCUGAGAGGAAAGCUUGUUAACUUUAUCCUAACAGGAUUUUGCUCAGGUAUGUUUUGGGAGUCAAUCACCAAAUGACAUACAAGGAGAAAGAUUCUACAUUGUAUAUAUUCAUCCCGGUGUCCUAGUGGUUUAAAAUGAGUGUUCAGGUUCUUGUGAUUAUGGGGCUAAACAAUGUAAACAUGAUUAAAGCAAAGUGUGUUUUUUUUUAAAAGAAAUAUUCAUUUAAUCUAGUUGGAAUGUGCCUGAUUUGUUUGCUGGCAAAAAUACAUUGACAGGAAUGUCCACAAGUGUGCCAUGCUUAGCUUAAGCACAACAUAACAUUGACCUGAGAUCAGAGGUAAGCUAAAGGCUGUCAGAUUAGACAAUAACAUACACCCCAGCAUGGCACUAGAUGAUUGUGCCACCCAACAUGCAUGCUUUUCUCUGACUUACUGUUUGCACACUUUUAAAGAGAUUGCACUUUAAAAGGUUUCUCAAUCCAAAGGACAUUUGAGUCAAUUACUCAUAGGUUUAUUGUCUCCUUAAUUUGUUCAUUCAGUUUUAGUUUUUUUUUAAUCAGGUUGAAUAGAAGUGUGUGUGUGUGUGUGUGUGUGUGUCAUCCAGGGAACUAUUUCAAAGUAUGCAGUUUAGUGACAAACCUGAGUAAUUUAACUCUGAGUAUUUGGUAAACCGAAGAGCCCUAUGACUUCACUCCCCUACCAAAACAAAGCCAGAAGGUUUUUCUUUAGGAAGUUUACUACUAAACUCUGAUUUAAUAUACUCAGGUUUAUCUCUAAACCAAGUACUUGGAAUUUCCUUUUAUUUGCGUAGGCUCAGGAUGUAGAAAGCACAUAAACAGACAGUGAUGACGUGUGGGUGGGGGACAGGGUCGUGUUUGAGGGAAAUCAUUUGAGCUCAUUUCAGGCAAGAAAGAAACCUUUCAAUUCAAGCAGACAAUUGCACAUAAUGUGGAGAGCAGGGGCCUAUAAAGGAUUACAACAGGAAUUACAGUAAGUUUGGAGGUUGCUGGCUAGUUACGUGUAGGACUUGUGUGUUUGUCCCCAUCCUCCUCAGAAUUCAUGUAGAAUUAUUUUAUGUACAGCUUACUAAAAAAAGGAAACAAAAAUACUGUCAUGUCAUGUACAGACCACUAGACAGUUCCUUAUUACAGACCGGCCACCGCUCUAUCACAGCAGAAUGUUUCUAGUGGCCGUGCAUGACCAUUUGUUCUUAGACUGUAGAAGAGAUUAUCAAUAGUAUGUCACCCAAUAAACGCAGACCAGAUGAAAUCAAUCUGUAAGAUUUUAUUUAAGAAUGUUUUUUUCCCUGCAUUUUGUGUUGAUUUUGGUUCAUUUUAGUUUUUCUUUACAGAUUUUUCAGUAUGACAUUUUGUACAGUUGUAAAUUCAUCAAUAAAUUGUAUUUCGUAAAUCGUUAAA